AUGGACGUCCUCUCGAGGAAUGUGCCAGCCGCAUUUACCUCCCACAUAGCUCGAACUUGGCGCUGGGCAUCGGUAUCCAGAAUUUUCCAGAGGGCCUCGCGGUCAGCUUACCGUUGCAAGCCGCUGGCUUCUCAGUAUGGAGAGCUUUCUGAUGCGGAGAAUGUGGCCGCGCUCGUCGUUAGGCCGGAUGCCAACGCAGCCAGACUGCCCGACCCCAUUCCACCACGGCCCGAGUCGUCCGCCGACGGAUGCACAAUGCCCGAAAGCAUCGGACUCCUGACGCUUCCCCGGGCAUCGCUUUUAGCGGCCACACAACACAAAGUUUUUAAUGCUUUGCACCGUGCACCACCCGUUGCACCAGAUCGCAGAACAUUAUUAGGCUUUUAU